AUGACUGGAGCAGCAACAACCACAGCAGAGAACUCUGCUACCCCAUUAGAAUUUUACAGAAAAGCUCUAAAUUUCAACGUUAUUGGGAGGUACGAUCCCAAAAUAAAGCAACUACUUUUCCACACACCACAUGCUUCGCUGUAUAAAUGGGACUUCAAGAAGGACGAAUGGAACAAACUUGAAUACCAAGGUGUUCUAGCUAUAUAUCUUAGAGACGUUUCCCAAAAUAUCAAUCUUUUAUCCAUUCCUCCACAAGAAACAGACAUUUUUGACUCGCAAAAUGGUAGUAAUAACAUUCAAACAAACAAUGGCGCUGACAAUAGUAGCAGGAACAGCAAUGGAAACGGGAACGGUUUUAAGAAUAACGAUUCGUUAAGUUACAACUGCGGUAAAACCCUAACUGGAAAAGACAUAUACAAUUACGGAUUGAUCAUACUAAACAGAAUCAACCCUGACAAUUUCUCCAUGGGUAUUGUUCCCAAUAGUGUGGUGAAUAAGAGGAAAGUAUUCAAUGCCCAAGAAGAUGCACGUAACCCACUAGAGUGCAUGGGGGUUGAAGUGAAGGACGAGUUGGUUAUUAUUAAGAAUCUAAAACAUGAGGUGUAUGGCAUAUGGAUUCAUACAGUAAAUGAUAGAAAAAACAUCUAUGACCUGAUAAAGUACCUUCUAGAAAAUGAACCAAAAGAUUCAUUUGCUUAA